GGAAAGCUUUGAGGACACCAUGUACGACGAGAGUUUGCUCCUGGAAAGAGCAGACUGCCGACCUUGCAGCCAAGAUGGACAGGAUGCUUGCUCCUUUCGUCCGAAUCUCUCACAACAUCAAAGGGAAGGGAAAGAUAGGUGGCCCCUCCCUCACGGACGAUGAACUUGCUCUCAUUCGCAAGUAUACUACAUUCCUCUCCGAGCCUGACCUCUAUCCUCGCAUCGAAGCCAACGGGUCCUCGCUCGAGGAUUUUCUCGAGGCUUUGUUUCUCAUGGGCAUUGCGGGAGGAGUUGGAAUGGACGAGUCAGCAGCGAAGCAAUCAGGUUUCUCGAAGAAGUCUCAGAUCAUCCUUGCACAGGCGCUUGAUAAUUUCAACGCGGACGAGCUUCGCUCGUGCUACACUGAGUGGAGGGAGCUGCACGUCCGGCUGGAGGGGAUAAGGAAGGAUAAAAGGUUUUCCGAGAAGGACGCGCGAGUGCAGAAGAGCUCAGCCAUGUGGUUGGAAGCUGCAAAGGAGCUGGAUCGAAUCUGCAAGGAGUGGCAGCGAGUGGCUCCUACCCACAUCCGGUGUCUUGAAAAUUUCGGGAAAUUUCAGAAGUCAAUCGCUCAGAAGUGCCAGGAAGAGUUCGGCAUUGCGGUGGAGCUGCAACUACCGGAGGAGGUUGCGGUGGAGUACGAGGACGAUGUCAAGGGUCGAUGAUCCAGCCCUCCCACUGAGGGUAACGUGGGUCUCUGCCAUGUCAAUAAGAGAGAAAGACAGCUC